AUAUAAUGUGUGUAUGUAUGUAUAUAAAUUAGCAAUGUUAGAUCUAUUGUAUUUGUCAACAAACUGCUGCCAGGUGGAUCCAGAGGUCAACCACAUCGGUCAUAUUUGUUUUAAUUACAUACUUUGUUAUUGCAAUUGCUAAUUAAGCAAUCGCUUUAAGCCAUGCUGAUGUCUAAGAACAAAUUCGAAAGAUAUACUAACUACCAAAUUACAUAUACAAGAAAAAAUGGCUACAGCAGUUGAUUGGUAUUUUUAAAACAUUGGUAUUUCUUAAUUUUUACCUUAGCAUUUUAUGCCUCCAGGUGCUCAUUUUUAUUAAUUUUUUUCUAUUCUGUUUAUUAUGUUUGCUUGUUUGAUUCAAAUAUACUACUGUAAAUUGUAGGUAGUAUCUGGUAUGAAAACAUUUUUUAAAUAUAUCUUAGAAUUUUACUGACACAUUAAUGGACAAAUGGAUCAUUUUAAGGAGAGAAGAAUUCUUUGUAUAAUAUGUGUUUUAACUUGAAGAAACUAAAAGAAAACAUAAGAAUCUAAAUAAUGGAAAUGUAGAACCACUUCAGUAUAACUGAUUGAAUUUUCUUCUAAUGCUUUGAAAAGCAAUAUUCAAAGAGGUUUAUUCAUUACAUUUUUCCAUAUUUCUUUCACAACAACAACACAAAAGUAUUGAAAAAAAAUGAGAUUAAGGAUUGACUUUCCGCAAAAAGCUGCAUUUGUGCUUGGUGUCAUUCUUUCUAUAUUUGGCAUUGCUAGUAUAAUCAUAGCAGUAAUAGCUUUCAGUGAGAAAAUCUGGGGCCAUUAUCUUGGCACUGGUUUAUGGUGUGGCAUUUCAAUGUUUUUGUCAGGACUAAGUGGUGUAGUAGCUGGGCAAUUGCGAAGACCUUGUGCCAUCAAAACAUAUCUGAUCACCUCAGUCAUCUCAACUUGUUUGUCUGCAGUCAUGCUUGUGUUAUCUGCUGGAGGAUUAGAUUUUAACAGCAAUUUUUACAAACAUAGCUUCGUGUAUAAGAAAUAUCCCAAAGAAUCAACUAGCAUAAUUCAUAUUUUCUCCCUGUGUUUAGCAAUUUUUGGUUUUAUUAGUUCACUGACCUCUGUUGGGGUCUGUAUCAAGUAUUUGUUUUUUCAAAAAGCCAAUAAUUGCUCAUCAAACCAGAGUUCACGAGAAAAUGACAAUCUGAUGUGUACAUCUAGCGAAAGCCGUAUAAAUAAUGCAUCUACUUCCCGUACUCCUCUUCGAGAACGAACUUUCAGUAGGUCGAAUACACCCAGGGAGACAGCAUCAAUUCAUACACCACUUAGAGAAAGUGAACUUUUGGCAUCAACAAGUUCCCAUAAUGCACGCUUUCAUUCACCACGCCAUACUCAAACUGGAAAUAACAACAAUGCCACCUCAAACAGCCGUCACUCUAAUGAGACAAAUAGAUUUUUAUCAUCAGAUCAUUUAAGACAUGAUCAGCCAUGCCAAGAUAAUACACGGCGUAGUGAGCACAUUGAUUUACCACGGAGGAUAACCGAUAAUGAUAAUGGUACACCAUCUUCAACAUAUAGUGACCACUCUCAGAAUUCUUACAUAGCUGCUGUAGAGCUGAUGCCUGCUGCAUCCACUGACUUCCCUCCACAGUAUGAUGAUUUGACUCCUAAUGUGUUUGGUGAGGAUGAACUUCCUCCUUACGAAGAAGUUAUACAGGAACUCACUGAUACAAGUGAUGGGGAAGUAGUAGUCAAUGAUGGUGAUAUUCAACAAGAGCGGUAUGUCAAUUGUCCAGUAGUAAAUGGUGAUCCACAUCCGAUUUCUAGUGGGGUUGGAACGUCACACACUACUACAACAACUGUAAAAACUGUUAAUUCAUCACCCAUCAGACUAGCUACUGUAUCAAGUAUCAGCCUCCCUCCACUUUCCAGCUCAUCUGGAAAUAAUAAGAGUGAUGUUCAACUUUCAAAACAUUAUAAGCAAAAUGUAUGUGGAGAGAAUUCUAGAUCAAUUCCAGCCAGACCGGCAUCUGAUUGUCAUAUUUCCAAAUCUUUAAAUUUGAGGAACACAAAUAGUCAGUCAAUGUAUGCUGUUGCUUCGGAAGCAACUACUCAGGAUGGUAAUCAGCAUUCAAAAUCUUCUCUCGUUUCUUCUAGCAAAACAAAUCCACAGGGAGUUACUUUCCAUGAUUUUUCUGGAGUUGUUAUAAACAGGGCUCACUACCAACUGAAAUCUCCUGAAGCGACUAGUAGUUCCCGACCAAAAAGCCAACUGCAAAACUCAAAUGAAGCUCUCCGUGCUGGAGAUAGAGAGUAUAUAAUCGUUAAAGACUCUUACGAAAAUUGCAGUGGUGAUAAAAAUAAGAAUCAAUCCACUCAUGAAACAUCGACUACUGUGUCACCCAAUUUGCCAUUUCUCCCUCCCCGACUGCAUUCACCUACACGCCCUAGCAAAUCAUCUCAUUCAUCCCACCAUACAGAUCACCACCACCACCAUCAUCAUCAUCAUCAUCAUCAACGUUCACAAAAACAAACUAUUUCAACUUCACUGUCUGCUAAAUGUGAGCCUACAAAAGUUUCACACAGGGUUACAGACAAAAAUUUAGUAAGUGAAUGCCAAGACAUGAUUGGCACUUCCUCUCAGAACCAAGUAAGCUCCCAUUCAGAUUGCAGUGGAGUCAAGUUGGUGCCAUUAUCAAAAGAGACACUAUCUUCUGGCAAUCGCUCUAAGCAUUAUAACCGGAACAAAAGAGAAAUAAUCCUUCCAGCUAAAGAGUUUGAUCCUCUAGCUGCGAGUAUGAAAGCUGCAGAAAAGCUCUCUAUGAUGGAGAAUUCAGAGAAACACCUGAGGGACGGUCAUUCACGUAGUAAACACACUGAGUGUCUUGUUCAUAAGUCUGAAGGAAGGUCUUCCAGGUCAAAAGAAGACAAAUCUAAAGACCCUCUGUUGGUGUGUCGUCCAAAAGCUAGACUUGAAUGUGGAAAAUCCGGAGUGAUCCGUUACAGCUCAGACAGAUCACAGCGCAAAUCCAAUUCAACUCAAGCUGAUAGACUGCACCACUUCCGUUGGUCAGAUAGUAAGAAACGUGCUGCUUUGCAACAAAAAAUGCCAUCUUCUGUACGAGAUUGGGACACACAUGAACAUUCACAGCAGAAAAUUGUUGCUGAGUUUUCCCCUGCUUCCAUUUUUCAGUGUCCACCAUCUCAGUCUAGCAACCUAAUGCGUAUGCAUGACAUGAAAAAAGCCUCACCAUCACCCAAUCGUAAAUCAGGAACAUCAUCUACCGGAGUUCAUUCGAUUGGAGUGAGUACAAAUAAAAGUGUUAACCCAAGAGAUGAGAUUCAUGUAGCGCCUGAAGAGAUUCUAAAAAUUCGAGCCAAUUCUGAUCAUGAUCGUGAAGGUUCUGCUUUUAUUGUAUCCUCCAGUGCUGCUGCUGAAGUACGUUAUGUUCCAAGACUAUUUGAGAAGUCACCACAAAAGAAACGUGCUUCACUCCAGGAUUCUUCACAAACCACUAAUGGUACAAGUGCUGUACCAACUGUUUCUACACCCCAUGUAUCAACAACUACCAGCUGGUCAAAUGGCACAAGGAAAAGUGUGGAGCAUAAUGACAGUGAUGACCAUGAUGAUAGUGAACCAUUAUACAGCAAUGAAAUCUCGUCAUCUUGUUCAACACCUUCUUCUUUGAUGUCGUCUGGAAGUUCAAUGUCUUGUGCUGGCAGAGAGUUAACAGAAAGACCUACCUUUACUCUUGCUGCUGAUGUUACUAGAAAACUGGUGUCAAGUGAACAAGCCUACAUGAACAUCUCUGAGGCCAACACUGUGGUUGUGCCAAUGGCAAGAAUUUCUCCAUUGACUGUGAAUAAAUCUUGUAGUUCAAGUAGCCUUGCAUCAGGAACCUCCUCAUUAUCAACUGUUGCUCAAGGAAUGUUACCAAGCAGUAGAACUUCCUUGGGCUCAUUACAAACAGCUAUUGUGGCCAAAAACACCAUCCAGUUACAAGAGAAUACAAAUUCACCUGAAUUGUUUAGUUCUUCUGCAUCAAAAUAUGUGAACACUGAUAUUAUCAGGAGCAAAGACGUUCCAUUUAGACAUACUCCUUCACCUACACUACCCCCUCCAUUGUUGUCACCUUCAAGACAUAACACUCGAACAAACUCUGUUGAAGAGGUCCCAGUUGCACUGGAGCCCCUUUUGAUCCCUGCCACUGUAGACAUUAUUGAAAUUGCAGGGGCUGAAUCAAAAGUCCUUAACAAGCAGGAGCAGGACGCUGGUCUUGAACCUGUUCCCAAUUUAGAAAUCCCAAAUGAAAACAAUCACAUUGAACCAGCUGUUGUAGUGGCUGCUGUGAACUGUGACAAUGGAGAGGUUAUUGAAGUUUCUGAUCAAGGCAGGGAUGUGGGAGCAGCAGCAGUAGCAGCACCAGCUGCAGCUGUUGUGAAUGGUAUCCCACAAGUGAAUACUGAAAGUAAGCCAAUGUACAGUAUACUUUUGUAACAAGUAAACUUGAUACUUACUAGUCUUUCCAAUUGGCUAUAGAAGAGAUGCUAAUAUAAACAUAUAUAUAAUAUAUAUAUACAUAUAUAUUUCUAUUUCAGAGACAUUUUUUUUCCUUGCAUUUAAUUUUUAUCUUGAAAACAAUUUUUUUAAAGAAUCUGGUAACCUGUAGGUAACUGCAUAUCACAGUUUCAGUCUUUUACACAAAAAUUCUCUGCCAAAAUGAGUUUUCACUCAGAGUAAUUAUGUUUGAAAACCUGGUCCUCCAACAAAGAGUGAGAAGUUAAUCAUUUGGUUGAAGGUGUUGGACACGUGAAAUAAUUCUGCCAUGGUUGUAAGGGUGCUAGUCCAUAAUAUCUUGAUAUUUUCUCUGUUUGUUUCUCUCUCUUUUUUUUUUCUUGGUUUUCUACUGAGAGUUUCAAGUGAUAUCCUUAUAUUAUGAAUUACUGGAUAACUAGCUGUGUUUGUGAUAAGUGUUUUGUUUUUCUAUCUGUAAUUUUACAGAAAAAUUCAAGCUGAAUUUACCCUUUCAAUCCAUAACCCCCCUGUAUAAAACAUUAUUCUAAAUGCAUAAUCUAUUAUCAGUGGUUCAAAGGAGGUGUUUUAGUAUAUAUAUAUAUAUAUAUAUAUAUAUAUACACAUGCAUGCAUGUUCACAUGCAUAAGUAUACAUAUACACAAAUGUAUGUGUGUGUUUAUAUAUAAUGGAAACAAGAUUUCAUCUUGAGGAGAUUUAUGUUGCUGAUAACUGCUCUGGAUGUUCAUAGGGUUAGCUCUAAAUUUUGAUAUGUAUAAUCCAUGGAUUUGACAUGGUGAAAUGGGUUUUUAAAUUGGCAUUGCUGGACACCAGCAUCAUUUGUUAUCUGGUGAUAACGCUGAAUAGGUGGGUAAAAAUAAAAUAGCAACUAAAACAAUAUUUCAUAUUCAAAUACAGGAAAUAGACUAUGUCUCUCCUUUAUUUAUUUGUUCUAUUUUUAUUUCUUAAAAAGAAAAAAACUAGCAUUAAACUAACUACAAAUUAAAAAUGCAUUUGAUUAUUGUAUCAUGAUUAGUCAAUUGUAAAUGAAAAACAGAUUAUGAAAUAAAAGAGAGGAUGAGAUAAAAAUUGGUUUACAAAUGGCUGGUUCAAGCCCCCAAACUUCAAUCUGGUCACACUUAGGAGAUAGAUUAGUAAAAUUGGGCAGCAUCACUAUUAUUGUCAAGCAGGCACACCAAUCGUUAUCAAAGACUCAAGCUCAAAUCAUAAAAGAAAAUUUAGCCUGAAAUGAACAUUCAUACACCAUCACUUCAAAUCUCACAAUUUGCACGCUCUGUCAAAGUAUUAAUUUAAUUUAUUGGAACUGAUUUAAAAUCUCUAUUUUUCCCUCCCUGUCCUCUAUUUUGGUGCUUUCUAGUGAUAACACACACACGUGUGUGUGUAUGUAUAUAUGACUACAUCAGUUCAUAGGUAUAAGAAUUUGUUUUGAUCAUUUUUACAGGUUUACAAAUAUAGUGAUCAUUUUUAUGGAUUUACAAAUUUAUUUUGAUCAUUCUGAUUCCUUCAAAACUGAGGAAAAAAAUCUGUCUGAGUUGAAGAAAUAGUUUAGAAGAAAGGCAUGAAGAAAUCAAGUGUAAGGUUGAAGUGGUGGUGAUACCUUCUGUUGAAAGGAGUGGCUUAAUUUAAAAUUAUGCCUGUUUUAGUUCACAUUAAGAAGUAGAUUCACUGUUUAAUGUUUAUCAUGAAAUACAUGAGUCAAAGCAAAAGAGAGACUUCAACCUGAUUGAAUACAUAAUGAGAUAAAUCAACUUAAAGAAUGCAACUCUAGAAAUAUGUUGCUAAAACGUUUUUUGACCAAAUGUUUUAAAUCAGGGUAGCAAAAGUGAUUAAAAUUCUGCUAAAAUUUGAUGAGAAAAAAAUAGUAAAAAUGUCAAAAAGUACUUAGAUUCGAUAAGGUAAGAAAUAUGUUAGAUAAGUUAUAGGGAAUUAAUGAUAC